CUCCCCCCCAGUCCCCCCCAAAAAAACUUUCACCACCACUGCUAGAGACCUUCAUUCUCUUCCCUGGGGCAUUUUCACAAACACUUUCUAAAAGGAAAACGUUUCUUUCAUACAACAAUGGCCAGACCACAACAGCGAUUUCGAGGCGUUCGACAAAGGCACUGGGGCUCCUGGGUAUCCGAAAUUCGCCACCCAUUAUUGAAAACUAGAAUUUGGCUAGGGACUUUUGAGACCGCUGAAGAUGCAGCUAGAGCCUAUGAUGAAGCAGCCAGACUCAUGUGCGGCCCAAGGGCUCGAACCAACUUCCCUUACAACCCAAAUGCCUCUCAAUCAUCAGCCUCAAAGCUUCUCUCAGCAACUUUGACUGCUAAACUUCAUAGGUGCUACAUGGCUUCACUUCAAAUGACCAAACCAUCACCAAUUCAAGAGCCUCAAAAACCACAAACCUCAUGUGUUUCCUCUACAAAUGGCAAUGUUGGAACAUCCACAGAGAUGGGUAUGAGCUUGCCUGAGAAGAGACCAGUAGUUGCAGAGCAAGAAGCAGAGGCCAAUUGGGUUGUCAAGAAAGUUAAAGUAGAAAGCAGCCAGCAAUUCAUUAAGCCUCUUGAAGAUGAUCACAUAGAGCAGAUGAUUCAAGAGUUGAUUCAUUAUGGGUCCAUUGAGUUAUGUUCAAGCUCUGUAAUGUAGGAAAACAGGGACAACAAUCAAGACCAAGCUCUUCCCUUUUAGGCAUCCCCAUUUUUCUUCUUCUUCUUCCAAUGCCACUCAUUUUUAGCUAAUUCUUAACCCAAUUCCCUCAACCUUCUCUUUAGAUGGUGCUAAAAGUGUUAGACCCAUCUUUAAUUAGGACUACUUUCUAAGUAACCCAUUUGAUGGUGCUUUGUACAUUAGAAUGUAUGAUAUAAUUCUAUGGUUAAUGUCCUUGUUUCAAA